AUGACGGUGAAAAAGGACGAGCGGCACGAAGAUGACAUAAAUUGGAAAAUGUCAACCGAGCAACAGGUGACACCGGCCCCACCGACGGGGGGUGACGGUCGGGUGUUGGAGGGAGUGGUUGGGGCGCCACCAGCAGAAGAACCAGGAACAGUGGCCGUUGAUGGCGAGAAUAAUCCAAUAAAAUCGUUGCGAAGGCAACGGCACUGUGAUACUGGGCCCGCGGUGGCCAGCACUACUAGCACAUCAAUCACUGCUUCUACAAUGCCAAUUGCCAGCGACACGCCCGAUCGGCACCGUUUGCGGCGAGUCGCAGCGAUCGGAUACGACGACGACGACGACGAAGACGGUUGUGGCGACGAUCAACGGACCCCGGAGGGGGGAGGGUCGGUGCGGCGGGCGACGGUUUGCGUGAGUGAUGGUAAAAAUAGUCCCGGGCACGAUACGACAAAUAACAACCGAUUCGAUCCCCGCCGCAUGCCAAGAAAUUCUGGCGCCCCCGGGGACGGUGGUGGCGGGGACGCGGGUGGACGGGAUACCAUGGACGCGUUGGAGCAGAAGCAGCAUAAAACGAUCAACGCGCGGCGCCGGUGGAAGCUGCUGGCGAAGGCACUCCGGCACGACUCGAGCGAGGACGAUCAGCUUCUCAAGUUCAACCUAAUCGAGGCGGACCGGGCGGGCGACGAGAAGGAUGAGAAUGUGUACGUCUACCGGUUGUACGAUCGGUACCGGUUGAAGAUACGGCUGAUCGGCCCGGAACGGCCCUGGACGGCGAGCGAGCUGAUCGGGUUCAACAACACGGGCAACAUCUGCGUGUGGCCCUCGGAGGAGGCGCUGGCGUACUACGUGCUCUCCCGCCUGGCGCAGUUCGAGGGAACGCGGGUGCUAGAGCUCGGUGGAGGCAUGACGUGCCUGGCCGGGCUGGUGCUGGCCAAGUACGGCCAGCCGGCGUUCGUGCACGUGACCGACGGGAACGAGCUGUCGGUGGAGAACGUCCGCAAGUCGCUGGUGCUGAACAAGUUUAACUGCACGAUCAAGUCAUCCGUGCUCAAGUGGGAGCAGACGGGGGUGCUGGGGCCCCAGCCCGGCGACCACCGGUACCAGUUUAUCCUGUCCGCCGACUGCCUAUUCUUCGACGAGUCCCGUUCGCAGCUGAUCGACGCCAUCUGGAUGCUGCUGGCCGACGAAGGUGUCGCACUCAUCACAGCUCCCCGGCGGGGCCACACUCUCAGCCAAUUUCUGGACGAAUGCGUCGCCCGCGGUUUCCACUACGAGCUGCUGCAGUGCUAUAACGAAGCCAUCUGGGCCCGGCACCUCGAGCUGAAGCUGUCCGAGGGCUACGACGAGAACAUCCACUAUCCGCUGCUGGUGAAGAUGUACAAGUAUGCGCACGGGCCGGUGUUGCACCGGUUGUGA